GUAUUUACUAGCUCAUACUUGUCAGAUCCCCUGAAAACAAGCAAAAUCAAAGUGGGUAGGAUCUUCUUGUAAGAUACUCCGUAGCAAACAAACAAACAUCGGUAAGAUCUAUGAAGCAAACAAACAUUGUGAUUCCUCCAGCAAACUGGGUACGGAUACGGUAAGACAGCAAUGGAGAUCUAUGAAGCAAACAAACAUUGACAACUACAUCACUCUUGUAAGAUCUUCUUCCUUCAAGACUCCUCUAGAGAUCUAUGAAGCAAACAUUGUGAUUCCUCCAGCUGUUUCCCGUUCCAGAGCCGCUGGUUCCUCUCGCUCCACAGCCCCCAACAGCCGACCACCACUCUGGCUUAAUCGGGAAGAUUCAUCGUCGGAGCUUGCACGGUGACAACUGACGAGGAGUCUGAAUCCCAGUCUAGUCGAAUAAAGUUAAUCGGCCCUCUGCCGAAGCAAGAUAUUGAUAGAUUGAGUCUUGGCAUCACAAACCUGUUUUCUUUAAAGUAGCAAGUUAGUAUGGAGAUGGCAGGUUCAAAAGAGCUUAAAUGGGAAGGAAAAACCACAGCAAGCUUAAAUGGUCCAAAAGCACACAAAGUAUGGUCUGUCUUGGUUGAAGACUUCUCCAACAUUCACAAAUGGCUCCCCACCUUAGAUCAGUGCCAUCAUGUUGAAGGAGUGAAGGGAGAGGUUGGGAUGGUCCGGUACGUCGCUGCCACGGCGUCGUCAGGCAACGAAAAUAAGGUAAGGUGGUGUCGCGAGAGGCUGGUUAGCGUUGACCACGACGAAAAGUGUAUGAGCUAUCAAGUUUUGGAAAACAACAUCGGGAUCAAGGGCUACAUUGCUACGCUCAAGGUGUUGCCCACAUUGGACGGUGAUGACGAGGUCGGGUGUGAGAUCGUGUGGUCCUACGUUGCUGACCCUAUUGAUGGGAUGAACAGUGAUGCAUUCCUUGGUUUUAUCACAUCUUCUCUACAGGGGAUGGCUGCAACAUUGGAAAAAGCUUUGCAAUCUACUGUGAUUGAUUAAUUCAUGAAUCUUUGUGGGUAAACUUGAGCCUACAUCUAUCCACAAUCUCUAGUAGUGUAUGAUUUUCUAAGAGCAUCCUCAAUGCAAGAGCAUCUACUCCAAAUUAAGUGUGCCAAACACUAUUAGUGCAGUGACUGGACCUGGAAACAUAGAAAAGUCCUCCAUUGCAUAUAAUCUAUCUGUGCAGUUUAAAUGUCCAGAAAGGAGUUUACUAUAUUACGUAAUUAAAAUGAUAAUAAAAUGUCAAUUUUACACAUCAAAAUAAUUGUUUCAAUUCCCGUAUUCAUGUAAAGCGGUGCUUCUAAACUCUAAAGUCAAUCCUGAUUAUUU